GGCGCUGUCAAUGUUAGCGAGAAGCGUUUGAUUCAACAAAUCGCGAAGAACAUAAAUCCGAACGUCAGACCCGUAUUAAACCCGUCUGAGGCAGUAAAUAUUACUUUGGACAUAACUUUUCACGGUGUGAUCGAAAUGGUAAGUGUGCUAUAUUUCAGUUUUCAUUGAUAUCUAUAGGAAUGUUUUGAAAUUUCUGCUCGACAUAUUUCAGUAUCGAAAGCAUCUAUGACUUCCUGUCCGUCUCGUUAUUUUUAAAUUGAUCUUAGUUGGACUCAUAACACUUAGACAUGCGUGUGUUUGGUUGAUGGGCAGGAGAGAUUUCGUUCAAGCAACAGACAAUAACUUCACGAUAUAAACAUACGCGCGAGGUUUAUCCGGUUGUAUGGAUCCCGGAUUUCGUUCUUUCUUAGCAUCCUCGGCAUUUUAAAACAAGUACACGCGACUUCCUGAACCACCGUGAUCUGCUGAAACUUUUUCUUUCGUUAGACUUUUCGAAUUCAACUAAAUUUAGCUCGAGGGACAUUCUAACCUAAAGAAAGCUCUCUUGUUCAAAACUCAGUUAAAUCGUGAGAUAUUGAACAAAUGUGAACAGCUCCCUGACGCUCUGUAAUUAUUUCGUAGCUAGGUAUUUUCCCUAUUGGUAAGUCUCCGACGAGCGAUAAUUGAUAUGUUAUUUCGGAGUAGACAAAGGAUUGAUAAACAGACUGUUUUGGAAGCAACGAAACAAAACACUUCAAGCUGAUUGUGUGAAAACUUCAAAUUACAAACAGUCUGAAUUGAAUAAAUAUAAUACGCUUCAACGCGUGUAUUAUAAAGGACGGAUUAAAUCUAUUUUAAUCGAAUCAUAAUAUUUCCAGCCCCAGAAUUUAUAAAGAUAAUCAGCUUUCAGCGCCAAGAAAAAAAACAACUUGUUGAAGUAGAAUAACAGGAGAUGUGGUAAACUUUGCUUGAGCUUGAAAAAGCUGCAAAUGAUAUAGUGACGUAAGUUAUAAAACGAAGACUUCUGGGCAUUAAAACUGGCUCAUACAGGCAACAUGUUGAGAGAAAUGAAUGGCUCUUUAUGAAAAGAAUUAAUAAUGAAUUGAAAAUGUAAACAAAAGGUUUUUUUUGCUAAAUUUAUGCAAAUAUUCCAAGAUGUUUACAAAUUGUUCUAGAAGUGUGAAAAUAUUAAUGUUUUUGUGAACAAAGAAGAUUAAAAACCUAUAUUUUAAGAGAAUGAAAUUAAAUAAAUUUUCCAAAUAAUAGACUUGUUUUCAAAUAGUUAGUGAGUUCAACCGGGAACGGAAAUCCUUGAAAGGUAAUCAUGGUUUUGAAAUCCAAAGUUGAAAGAUUACAGUCCCUAGUCAAAAACAUCGACACUCUUCUGGCAAGGGUUCAAAUAACUUUUUCAAAAAGCGAGACAAAAGGCUGUCGAUGGUGUAAACAGGCAGUUGUGCUCGUGUAAGGGCGGUUAGGCGAAACACAAACACCUGUGCCAGUUGGCGGGCUAAACAGACGGCGCCGGCAGACCGCCAGUAGCCGGCUUUAAUUAAAAUUUUUGUCUUCUGGGCUUGAAAAUUUAAAAUAUGAUGAUUGUUAGUUUUUAGGUAUUGUAGCAGUUUUAAUCUGUUCUUAGAGGUAUUAAUCUCAAGGAAAAUAUGAUAUCGGAAGGAAGAACGAUUAGAGCGAUUUCGGGUCAACUCCUCAGCCCACAUAUAAGCCGCUACGCUAGACAUGCUUUUUGACGGAAUUCUCGUUUCUAACCCUUAACCCUAGGCUAAUGUUCAAUAAUGCAAAGUGGAAUAGAUCUCGGAUCCUGUGGGUGCUGAAAAACGCGCACGAGAUCACGCAACUCACACGCGCGUACUCGCGAAGAUUGAACAAUUUAUUGCUUUUUCUUUCUUAUCGCAUAAAGCGCCAACAGGUUCUCUCUUCCUCUUCCAUCUUGCGAGAACGAUACACACGAUUUGAACUCUGUCAUAUCAUUUCAGUGGGGUGCAGGACUGGCACAGAUUCCUUUUCAGAAUGCCAAAAUAAACGAAAUAUGAGGGGGUUAUUGUACUUUAUCAAUUGACUCAAAGCCAAACCAGUAUAAUCGUUUGUAACGAGCUAAAGCAAUGCCAAAAACCAAAGGUAGCCAAAGUUCGCAAAAUGAGCCUCCGCAAAUAUGCUAAUAUGUUUUCUUUGCGCGAUGGGUGAAAUAUAGGAAUUUUGUUUUAGAAGAAACAGUCGCGUUCUCAACAUGAAAAUCUGACUUAGUUUAUAAGUAAAAAAUAAAGUUACCUCGCCUGAAGCUAGAUCCUUUUAUACCGCCGCACCAUGUUUGUGGAAUAGUUUACCCGCUAAAUUGCGUGCUAUCCCAUCAUUGACAAUUUUUAAACGCAACCUUAAGACCUACCUUUUUGGUCAGGUUUUUCUUUAACCUUUUUAGACCAGGAAUUUUGUUUAUUUAAGUUUUUAUGAAUAUUAUUUAAUCUGAUUUGUUUGAUUUUAUUGUAAGUUUCAUUUACAUUUUACAUGGUAUACUUAGAUUGUUGCAGAUAAGUUUCAUAGGUGAAUCAUUGUGAAGCGUUACUGAUCAUUUAAGAAUUUACUCAUGCUUAGCGUGCGUAUAUCGAGUUAUGGAUGCACGCGGUAAGUUUUGAGAGCACGAAAAAUGCAUAAAAGUAACUCGAGGCGCAGCCGAGAGUAACUCUAGCUUUUUGAGUGCUCUCCAAACUUCCCAAGUGCAUCCAUAACUCGAUAUACGCACGCUAAAAGCAUGAGCAAAUUCUUUUAUAACAGAGCGACAACAAGGAUCUGCGCGAAGAAGUCUUUUAUUGUGAUAGAGUGCAAAAUUCUCAUAACGCACAAAAAAAGUGAACAAACUUCCCUAUUGGCUGGUCAAAAACACGCCACAUUUUAUACCUUGGUUUGAGCGAGAACAUUUGAUCCAGUUAACCGAUAACUGUGGAUGAAAAGCUCAAAAUUUACGGGAAAAAUGGUUUUUGAUUUAGAUUUUUUGCGGCCUUGGUUGUUUAGGUUUUGGUAAAUUUCCAAGUAACAACUGUGUACUCUAUUCCCCAGGUUGAACAAAUUUAAAAACAAAAAUAAAAAUGGAAAUUUUACCUUCAAAUGUUGUUAAUGACCAGCUGGUGACAGUUGUUCCCAGUGAAUGUCUUUCGGCCAAAAUUUGCGGCAGCUGGUCUUCCGACAAAUUUGCGAAAAGUGCAACUUGCGAGUUUUUUUUCGGCUUUAUUUUUGUUGCUUGUUCGAUCAGGACCUAAAAGGUCAAUGUCGAUAGGAAAAUUGGGCAGUUCUUCGCUGGUUUCUUCCAUAUUUCAGAGAGAAGGAAAACUUCACUGCAGCUUAACAGGACGGAAACUCGAAGGCCAGGUGAAAAAAAUGCUCACGUCAUCUUAGUUACGCACGGGCGUGCGUAAAUAAAAGAUUUUGUUCCUAGCGGCUCAAUAACGCGCGCUAUGUUAUAAUUCUAUGUAAAUAGACAUUGUUUCUCGCUCGUGCUCACUUCCUUUGGCAGGCGAUUCACGUGCGUUCUCAUUUCCGCCUCCCCUCCCCUUAAAUGUUUUAGGAAUACCGUGGUAUUAAAAUUCAAUACAUGUGGGUAAAAUUGAGUUUUAUGACGUUAACUCUUUAACUUCCAAGAUCUGAUUGUUAAUUCUCCCCUCUGGCUGCUACAAAUAUCCUUAUAAAUUAGUUAUGAGAAUUUGGUGUAAGAUUAAGAUAACAACUUCUUCUUGAAUAUUCCCGUUACCUGUUUGCUGGAUAAUGUAAGGAUAUUACACAGAGAAGUUAAAUGUUGAUCCCUUCUGAGAGUUAAAUGGUUAACAUGCAUAAAGCCUCUUUCCUGACUCACUCUUUUCCAUACUGGAUGCUGUUUGCAAUCGUUACAUUCGACAACUUUCUUAUGGCGCUUGUGUUUUUUAGUCUAGAACACAAAUAUUCAUCUUGAAAUAAUUUUUAUUCUAAUUAAUCUCAUGGCACGUGUUGAUAUACAAGCGGUUAGAUUUUAUCAUCCUCAAUUCUUACCUUUCUUAAGUAAAUAAAAUAGGAAACGUGAAAACGUUGUAAAUUCUUAAAUGCUGUUACGUUUUUCAGUAAGUUAUUGGUCAGUUACGAAUAAUUUCAUGAUCACAGAUAGUUAUUAAGCUAACUUAAUUAAAAGAAAAUUCUCUGACCCUGUUUUCAGUCUUAACGUUUUCUUAGGAAUAACAGAGUAACUUUCUUGCGAUUUAAUAGAGAGUAGAGUGCAAUUAACCACUCAUCAUCAUCAUCAUCAUCACCACGUAACUGAGUCAAAUUUAGUAGUUAUAAACUGACAUUAAAGCGGUUGAACUUAAACCUAACAACAGCAUUCUUCUAAUCUUCAUUCCAGGCCGAAAAAUAUCAAAUUCUCACUAGUAGUGUUUGGGUACGGCAGGUAAGUCCUGGGAACCAACAUAGCCUCGUUCCCAGACCCUCCCGAAAUUUACGGGAUUUAAAUUUUUAAUUUAUUUUCAUUUACGCUAAACAUCAUGUUUCUUGAAUGGCGAUUCCUACCCGAUCUCUUGACUUAACCUCAUUGCGUGACGAAAGUUUCUAUUAAAGCAUGCUAAUUUGGGUUUAUCAACUGAGUUGAUGAUGACCACCUUAAAGAGUUUCUAAAGUUGUCGUUUCGAGCGUUCGCCCUUCGUCAGAGCUUCGUUAGCCCUUAGUUAGCCUUCCGUGAUCACUCUGACGAAAGUAUAUCGAUCAAAACAUCAACUCUUUUUACGGCGGCCAAUUUACAUUAUCAAGUCAGACGAUAAAAUCAAAUCAUCUUGUCAUACCCCUGUCGUUGGAGCACCACAGUUUCUUUAGAAACUCUAAAUUGUGUGCGAAUCCAUUCAACAUUUAGUUAACAUCCGCGAUGGAAAAACGCACCAUCACGAAGAGAGUUCUACUUGACAUAGCGAAACCAUUCACUUGAGAAAGACCCCCCCUUCCCCCUUCCUCUCCCCCCCCGUUCCCGUGAUUACGCACUAGCCCUUUGAUCGAUAGCAUUGCAUUUCUUUGCCGGUAUUUUUUGAGAAUUUGGUGUUACAGGCUUUGCGCUUUUGAUAACCUAAUACCUCUUGCUUUUUUUUUUUUUUUUUUUUUUUCACGCUUACGGCCUGUUUGGGAAUAUAUAAAAUUUAUGCGGAAAGUUCAAUUACAGAUCAGCUAAACUCAGAAGUGUGCUCCAAAUAACAAAUAAAGGAUCCAUUAGAAUUAACUACCUACUGUGUUUUUAGAUUGUAAAGAAUAAUUCAGCCGUUGGAAAUUUGUCUUUAAAUAUUCUGAAAAUUUUACUAUGGUGGCCGCCACUUAGAUGACUGCAUAGUAACCUUGUCUUGCGGACAAAUCCAUGACGCGUGUUUCUCGAACAGUUGCAGCUCUGGUUAUUAUAAACAUUCAUUACUCGAAUAAAGGAUUGUUCAAACAGAAUGCCAAGAGUAGUAAAACAAUGGCGCGAGACUUACAACAUUACGUUACAGCAAGAGGGCCAGGUUGCAUAGCAAGGUUAACAAUGGCGGCGCCCUAGACGGAAUUUUAAGCAUUUUAAAGACAGUUUUGAAAGAGUUUGGUUACUCUGCGUGAUGUAAACACGCGGUAAGUCAUACUUUUAUGUAUGCUGUUAGAUGAUAAUGAUAAAAAAUAUACGUUUUGUGGAGCACCUUCUUUAAAUUGGAAACAGUUUUUGACGUCACUUUUUAAUAUCAUGGUUGCUAUCACGCAUCAUCUCUUACGCUUGUGAAAUGGUUAAUAUGACAGAAAUGGAUAAACCAACUGAUCAGGUGGAAUACCAGCGAAUACGGUGGACUCGAAGAAAUAUCUAUUGAUUCUUCCCUCAUGUGGCAGCCGGACAUUGUUCUUUAUAACAAGUGAGUGUAAAUCGUGUUCCGAGCAUGUUGUUGUAUUCGAGACCCAUUCCAGUUUGCAGUACCACGUAUUUCUAAUGGUCCAUUUUAAAGUUGUGUGCUUUGUUGCCAAGCCUUUGAAUAGGAGUGAGGCUAAGGUUGACCUUGUUGUGAUAAAAACCUAGCUGCAUUUCAAAUGCAAUUACUUUGUUAUCAUGCUGACUAGAUACAGGUCUCUAUCACAGCAAGGUCGCCUUCAGCCUCACUCCAACUCAAAGGCUUGGUAACUAUGUACACAACUGUAUAAUGACCUAUUUAAGUGACGAUUUGAACUGCACCAUAAGAAAGAAAUGCUCAGCAGUUUUCAUUUUAAUGGUCACACGCCGGUGUUUCAUCGACAGACUUCAAAGUGUGAACCACCAUGUAAAGGAUAUUUAACAGUUUUACAUGAAAAUUUAGUUGAUUAGCUCUCAUUUGAAGGUCGUCUUGAUUAUCUAUAUAUGUGAUAAUAAACAGCGGUCAGUCUGGCUCGUGAAAAACUGAGUGGUCAGUUUUUAAGGCGAUGUGUUAGGCUGAAAGAUUGGACUGUAAUUAAAAGUAAUUGGUCAGCUUUGAUCUCUUAGGAACGUCAAUUUGCCAUAGAAUGAUCUUUCCCAAAGUAAGAUUAUCGUUGUGAUAUUUCUUCUUUUAUCUUGUAUAGUGUUUUUGAAGAAUUUGGCGUUAGAAUGGAUAACGUGAAAACUCGAAUUCGAGUAAACAGCACGGGUCAUUGUUACUGGGCAGCGCCUUUCAUCUUCAAAACUUCGUGUCAUUUUAACGUAAGAGAUUUUCCUUUCGAUGAGCAGCAGUGUAAACUCAAGUUUGGCUCUUGGAAUCUCCACAAGGGACUACUCGAUUUAGUUCCCGAGCGGAAUUUGGCACCAGUGGCAAAGGAAAAAGUAGAGAAUGGGGAGUGGAAUGUAAUAUCCAUCCAGAUCAAGCGGAGCGAAGAUGAAUAUGCGUGUUGCCCAGAUGAGAAAUACACUGACGUUACAUUUUAUAUCAACCUCAAGCGGCGCUCUUUGUUUUACACCUACAAUCUGAUCAUACCUAACUUUCUCAUAGCUCUACUUGCCUUCUUUUCGUUCUACAUCCCAGUGGAGUGUGGCGAGAGAAUAUCAUUCGUGAUCACCGUCUUACUGAGCAUGACCGUAUUUCUGCUGUUGGUUGCGGAGAGCAUUCCUCCCACUUCUGAGGCAGUGCCAGUCAUUGGAAUGUACUAUACUUGCUCGAUCAUUGAAGUCGCCUUAGCACUUGUUGCAACUGGCAUCAGUUUAAAGAUGUACUACAGUUAUUUGUACGGAAAAGGCUUAUCACCUCGGUUACGAAGAUUCCUUUUUUGUCGUUUGGCACCAUUACUGUGGGUUGACACGGAAAUUGUCAGCGAGGCCAAACUUGCGAAAAACAAAUCGUGCUUCCUGUUUAAAUGUCUCAAAAGGCCUAAGUCAAGCGUUCCACGGGAUAGUGUCAUCUCGAUGUACAAUGUUAUAGAGAACAAAGCGAACCAGCCUAACGGAGUAGCGACGGCAGCGAAAAACGAAGCAAAUUUGCUUGCUUUUGAUGCUCAGACUUCAGCUGAAACCGAUAUCACCCUUUUAGAGACACAAAAAAAUUUAUCUGACCAAGAGAUAAGACAGAGAGUCAAAAAAACGUCUACGGGACCUGAACCGCAACACGCAGUCUCUUCGACACUGAAGGGGUACAAGGACAUCGACUUCCAUGCGACAGAAAGUAGGAUUGCUGCGGCCAUAGUGGAUCGAGCUUUCAUGGUGUUGUUUAUUUUAGUGUUUUUCGCGUCGACACUUAUCAUUUUACUUUUGCCAUUCAUCAGGAAAGGAUGA